AUGGAAUGCUUAAAGACCGUCCUUGUAGCCAACAGAGGCGAAAUCGCCUGUCGACUUAUUAAAGCUGCGCAGAAACUGGGUAUUCGAGCCAUAUCUAUAUAUACGGAGCCGGACUCGGAGUCUGAACAUGUGAGGGCGGCCGAUCAUGCGGUCCUGCUAGAUGGCGAAGCAAGGGCAGCCUAUUUAGACGGUGACCAAAUCAUUCAAAUAGCCAAGAAACAUGAUGCUCAGGCGAUUAUCCCUGGGUAUGGAUUUCUGUCAGAGAACACGGCCUUUGCUCGAUCGGUAGCUCUAGCCGAGUUAGUCUUUGUUGGCCCUUCUCCGGAAGCUAUCGAUUCUUUCGGCCUGAAGCAUACUGCUCGCGAACUGGCUCUCGCUGCCGGUGUUCCAGUGGUUCCGGGCACAAAGGGUCUUGUUGAUACCGAGGAAGCAGCCACAGCUGCAGCUGCAGACCUCACCUACCCGGUCAUGUUGAAAGCGACAGCUGGUGGAGGAGGCAUGGGGCUGUUGACAUGCCACAAUGAGCCGGAGCUUAAGGAUAAUUUUCGAGCUGUGCGGUCACGGGCUUCAUCUUUGUUCAAGAAUGCAGGCGUAUUUCUGGAGAAGUACUACCCCGACAGUCAUCAUAUCGAAGUGCAGAUCUUUGGAAAUAGCCAAGGAAAAGCAAUCAGCAUAGGUGAAAGAGAAUGCUCCAUCCAGCGACGACACCAGAAGAUCAUCGAGGAGUGUCCGAGUCCAUUUGUGGAGCAAAGAUAUCCAGAGCUUCGGAAGAAACUCACAGAAUGUGCUGUACGUCUUGCUGAGAGUAUCAAAUAUGGAUCGGCGGGAACGGUGGAAUACCUUGUUGAUGAUCACACUGGUGAUUUCUUUUUCCUUGAAAUGAACACACGUCUUCAAGUCGAGCAUGGUAUCACGGAGAUGUGUUACAAUGUGGACCUGGUGGAACUCAUGUUGCGCCAAGCGGACCAGGAGCUCUCUGGAAAGGGUGGGCUCACGACUGAAGAGCUUAGGACUCUGCAGUCUAAAUUCAAUGAUCCUGAAGGGCAUACAAUUGAAGCACGUGUGUAUGCAGAGAAUCCAGUGAGAAACUACGCCCCGAGUCCCGGACUUCUCCAAGAAGUGUCGUGGCAUACUCCCGCUGGAACACGGAUAGACACCUGGGUGAGAGCUGGAACAGUGAUCAGCGCAUCAUAUGAUCCUUUGCUCGCAAAGGUUAUGUAUCAUGGCCAGACACGAGCAGACGCAAUCACAGGAAUGAACGAGGUUCUACGCAAGAGCUCCGUUUGUGGCCCUCCUAUCAAUCUUGGUUUCCUCUUAGCCAUUAUCAACAAUCAAAAGUUCAAAGAAGGCAACACUAUCACGAAGUUCUUGGAAAAUUUUAGGUAUACCCCCAACGCCAUCGAUGUCAUCUCCGGUGGCUCUUAUACCCUGGUUCAGGACUUCCCAGGGCGGCCAACCGUUGGGCAUGGAUUUGGCCACGCAGGGCCGAUGGAUCCUAUAGCUUUUCAGACUGCGAACCUUCUUGUUGGGAACACGGUUGGUACUGAGGGUCUUGAGAUUACUCUUACUGGACCCGAGCUUCUGUUUCUCAGCGAUGCGGUUAUCUCGCUAUGCGGCCCGUCUAUUCCGGCAGAUCUUGAUGGGACAGAGAUGCCGCUAUGGACACGCAUUCGUAUCAAAGCGGGCCAGCGACUCAAGAUAGGAAAGAUGGCAGCCCAUUGCCGUGUCUAUCUCGCUAUCUUUGGGGGACUACUCAAUAUCGCUGAGUGGUUUGGAAGCAAGUCUACGAAUCCCAUGGUAACCGUCGGAGGGUACCAGGGGAGGCCACUACGUGCAGGUGAUUUAUUGGAGAUCGUAGAAACGACCAAGAUUCCAAGCGCUUCUGUUACUAGUGUGCCACAAAAUCUGCGUCCUCAAUAUGGAACCGGUCAUUGGACUAUCCAAGUCAUGUCUGGGCCUUACGAGACAGGAUUCUUAUCUCCCGAAGGCAUCGAAACGCUUUUUUCAACAGAAUGGAAAAUCAGCCACAAUGCCGCAAGAGGAGGUAUACGACUGAUGGGUCCUCGGCCAAGCUUCGGCCGCACGGAUGGAGGGGAGGGAGGUGCUCAUCCGAGCAAUAUUCUCGAAUACGGCUAUCCACUAGGUGGGCUGAACUGGACUGGGGACGAACCCGUCAUCUUCCCCGUUGACUGUCCUGAUUUCGGCGGGUUCAUAUGCAGCCUGACUGUUGUGAAAGCAGAUAUGUGGAAAGUUGGACAGCUUCGGUCCGGGGACUACGUUAAGUUCCAUCGUGUGUCUCUGGAAACAGCCUUGCAAUCUCGCCGAAGAAAUGCUACCUUCAUCGACAGCGUGGAGGUAGCCAUCAAGACCGGACUCUGGGAGAAAGCUUUGAAAUUUGACAGCGUCGUCGGACCUGAGAUCACAGCACCUGGUCAAGAUUUACUUCAGGUCCUCGAAGAAAGCGAAACGCGACCCCAAGUAUCAUACCGAGGUGGAGCAGACGACUAUCUUUUAGUCGAAUACGGAGACAGGCACGCCGACCUCAACUAUAAAUGUCGAUCAACAGCACUUGCCAGGGCCCUCAAGUCAGACACCGGUUCCAUAUCUGCGAAUUUGCCCAGCGGAGGAGCGAUCCUCAACAUGAUGUGCCACGGCAGUUCCCUAGCAAUCUUCUAUGACGGCCUCCGUCUACCAAGAUCAGAACUCAUCAGCAAGUUGGUCGCUCUAGAACAAACCCUCGGAGAUAUGCGAUCCGUCAAAAUCCCCAACCGCCACUUCAAGCUCCCCCUCACAUUCAAGAACAAGAGACUAGACGAAGCCAUUGAGCGGUACAUGGCAAAUCAACGAUCAAUCGCAAGCUACCUCCCCGAUCCCCUAAAUUUCACAGCGGAAAACAACGGCAUGACAGUCUCGCAAUUAAAAUCCAUGUUCCUGACAAUGGAAUCCGUCAUCAUAGGAGUCGGCUUCUUCAUGGCUCUCCCACUGAGUCUACCCACCGACCCACGAUACCGUAUUCGGACUCCGAAGAUGAACCCAAGUCGCACGCACACCCCUGCGGGAACGGUCUCGUGGGGUGGAACUUCUAUUGCCAUCUAUCCUGUCGAUUGUCCUGGAGGAUACAUGCCUCUAGGAAUGACUAUUCCUACACUUGAUAUUUCUGGCUCAAAGCCUGGGUUUAGUGCGGAGAAGCCAUGGAUACUGGAGGAUAUGGAUACGAUUAGUUUCUAUGAAGUCAAUGAAGUAGAGUUCGAUCGCAAACUUGCUCAAUUCAGGGCUGGGAAUUACCAUUUUGAGAUGGAGGAGGGAGUCUUUGAUAUGGCUGUGCACAAUGAGCUUCUGAAGAAAACUAUGAACGAGGCUGAGGCUAUCCACCAAGACCGAGCUGUAUCGCAGAAGAAGAUGGCAGAGUUGGAAGAUCGGUUGGUUGAAGAGUGGUUGGCGGAGAAGCUGGCGGGUGGGACUAGUUUGGAUGAGAUAAGAUCUUUGCUUGAAGGUAUAAUUCCGAUUCUCCGGUUUGUUUUUCUUGGGACUAAUGAUGCCACAGAUCCUACGGUCGAAGCUAUUGAAGCUCCGGUUAAUGCUAAUGUGUGGAAGGUAUUGGUGCAGGAGGGUGAUGUGUUGAAGGCAGACAAGGUCACAUGCAUCCUUGAGGCGAUGAAGAUGGAAAUUAAUGUGCACACUGAGCCUCAUUUUGCGGGGGUGACUGUCAUCAAGGUUUUGGUUAAGCCUGGAGAUACUAUAGAGAGUGGGAGCCCGGUUGUUUUGGUCAGGAAACCCACGGCCUAA